AGGGGCCUGGCGGGGACCGGAAGUGGCGCCCAAGGAGCGAUUAAAAUGGCGGCGGCGUGAAGUUGCAUGUCGCUGUGGGGUCCCCUGCUGAGUCCGUUGCGAGGAAGCGCCGGCUGUUGACGCUCCUUUUCACCGCUGCCGUCAUGGCGGUGACCGUCACUCUCAAGACCCUCCAGCAGCAGACCUUCAAGAUCCGCAUGGAGCCCGAAGAGACGGUCCGAGUUCUUAAGGAGAAGAUUGAAGCUGAAAAGGGCAAAGAAACUUUCCCAGUGUCAGGCCAGAAACUUAUCUAUGCUGGCAAGAUUCUGAAUGAUGACGUCCCCAUCAAGGAGUACAAGAUUGAUGAAAAGAAUUUUGUUGUGGUGAUGGUCACUAAGAACAAAGCAGGCUCAGGUGCUCCUGCUCCCUCACCCAGCGAUGCUGUACCCACUUCUGAGCCCACACCAUCUUCUGGACAGACUCCGCUGACUACAACAGCAGCUGUUUCAACCCCACCAGUUGCUCCACCAAGUGAAGAAAAGCCUCCUGAAGAGUCAGUGACCACUUCCCCACAGGAAUCCACUGAUAGCUCUGUUCCCUCUUCAGGUAGCAUGGGACGUGAAGAUGACGCAGCCUCCACCUUAGUUACUGGCUCAGAGUAUGAGACAAUGUUGACAGAAAUCAUGUCCAUGGGCUACGAGCGAGAGCGGGUAGUAGCAGCACUCCGGGCCAGCUACAACAACCCUCACCGAGCUGUGGAGUAUCUGCUAACGGGCAUCCCUGGUAGUCCAGAACCAGAGAGAGCUCCUAUCCAGGAGAACCAGCCCCAAGAGCAACCGGCAUCAGAAGGAGAGAAUCCUUUGGAGUUUCUGCGAGACCAGCCCCAGUUCCAGAACAUGCGGCAAGUGAUCCAGCAGAACCCAGCUCUUCUCCCAGCCCUGCUUCAGCAGUUAGGCCAAGAGAAUCCUCAGCUUCUGCAGCAAAUCAGCCAGCAUCAGGAGCAGUUUAUUCAGAUGCUCAAUGAACCCCUGGGUGAAAUGGCUGACAUCGCAGAUAUUGAAGGGGAGAUGGGUGCUAUUGGAGAAGAAGCUCCUCAGAUGAAUUACAUCCAAGUAACACCUCAGGAAAAAGAAGCCAUAGAAAGGUUAAAGGCCCUGGGCUUUCCCGAGAGCCUGGUGAUCCAAGCGUAUUUUGCCUGCGAGAAGAAUGAGAAUCUGGCGGCCAACUUCUUGCUGAGUCAGAACUUUGAUGAUGAAUGAUAAAGGAAAAGAGUUUUAUAUAAAAUUCUCUAUAUAAAUAUUCGUUUAUUUAAAGGGGCACUACUUGGGUUGGGAAUGGUAUGAUUUUAGGAUGUCUCAGAUGAAUUGCUGGCUGGAGGAAAAUACUCUACCUUGGAAACUGGGCAGUGGGGAAAAAAAGCAGAGUAAAUGGACCUUCUCUUCCCUCUCCCCCACCACCCACAACAUAACGGCUGUAUUUGAGCCCAGCUGCAUCCCACAACUAUGCUUGGACUGGCAGCCAGAAUAUUCAGGGAAAGGUUGACACAGCAGAUGGGUUCUGUUGGAUCUUCUCCCAUCUGAGCUGAUUGUGUGUCUGCAAACAGAUUGCUCUUUUGUUUGCAAAUCUCCCCUCCCCCCCCACCCCGCCAGUGCACAGUACUACAAAGCCUAAAUAUGUCUAUGCCCGUCAGCUAAUUCUUUCCACCCUUGGCCUUUGAAAUAUGUCCAGUUGUCCAUCUCUGUUCCAAAGGGCAAUGUGUCCUAGGUGGCUGACUUGCCUUCAGAUGAUAUUUUUGAGAGCUUUGCCUGCAUUGAAGAAGCUGUACACGAUGGAGAAAUAUCUUGUGGUGUUGCACACAAAUACAGAACAUUUCCCUAUGCUGGUUAUGUCUCUGUUAGGCAACUCUCCACCUCGUACCUGCAGCUCCCUGACACUGUCUUUCAGUUUAUUAUCACAAGAAGCCCUGAGAACGUUCAAAGUUUUCCCUCUUUCUGUGGCAGCGCAGAUUUUUGGCUAGUUGCUCUGCACUACUAGAGAUAUAGUUGAACUACCUUUGAAAUCUCUCUUCUAGAAUUGCCUAAGCAGGUUCAAUACUCAUGUAAUUUAUUGCUCUAUAUAGUUUGAUCGUUGUCAUUUAACAUUAUGCUUUUGAAACUUGCAAACCUAGCACAGUAGCAAAAGCAAAAGGAGGAAUAAAUUUUUACAAAGCCCUAUAGUUGCUGAAUCUCCUAAAGUUUUUUUUUUGGGGGGGGGGGGACAGAUAUAUAUUGAAUGAAAUCCAUUUCUCACAUUUUCUGUGUUGUGGAAGUUUUAAGGGAAACAAAAUAUUUUCUAGUAUUAACUUGAUUUUCUGUUGUUGCAAUCAUUCUUGUAUUUUAAAGAUCCCCCUUUAAAGAAACCCAAUUUGUAGUUUGGGAUACAAGAUCUUUGUUUUAGACAUUUGAGGGGAUUACUUUUUUAAUUUUGGAAAAAGAUCAGAUUGACAUUUUCAAAGGUAUACUUUACAGGAAAAUAUGUAAAAAGAAUCCUGUUUUAAUGUACUUUCUUGAAACUUGAGUUUGACUACAUAUGAACAUAUCCUGAAUUAACUCACCAAAAACCUGGUUUAAUUUUUGGCUUUAUCUCUGCUGUCCAGUGAAAUUGACACUUAACUGUUAACAUGGGCAGAUACAAAAUUGCAGAGUCUUUCCCAGUUUAGAUCAUCCUACACCUUUAUGUGGGGAUGUUGGUCAAAAUUGUUUCUGGUUUGAGCAUCAAUAAAACUGUCAGUUACCACCUGUUAGAA